AUGGAGGUGUCUCCAGGGAAACCUGCGGGGUCUGGGUGUGUGAGCACUUGUGCUUUCGGAGUUGACAUUGAGUGCCCUCGCUUCGCACUCUCCCAGGCUCGCUGCGCCCAAGGCAGGGCGACGAGACAUGUUGAGAGCCGACCCGGACUCGAGUGGGUGGCGGCAGGCUGCGUGGACACAGCGGGGAGUCGCGGGAGCUGUGGGCAGUGCCCGGGUGCCCACGUGUGUCUGACGGCCCUUCCUCGGCCUCGUGUCCAGGUUGCAAGACGAGGCAUGGACGACGAUGGGGGUCCUCGCAGCUUCCAGGAGCCCCUGACGGGCCCAGGCAGUGAGCCCAGAACGGAGGACUUGAACGAGCAGGAGGAUAUCGACUUCUCCAAAUGGGGCCUGUCAUCCCUGGACGCAGAAGAUGAGAAGUCCGAGGGGCCCCCAGGGAAGCAGGACCUGAAGGAGACGUACAUCCACCUGGUCCAGGGCUCACAAGAGUGGCACGAUGGCUGCACCUACUUGGGCGAGUUUGGGCUGCACACCAAGACAGGGCUUGGCGAAUUCUCCUGGCCCACAGGCGAGACAUACCGCGGUCAUCUCUACCAUGAUCACCUCCACGGCCUGGGCACCUACACGUGGCCGGAUGGCUCCAGCUUCACUGGCACCUUUUACCUCAGCCGCCGGGAGGGCUACGGCACCCUGUACCUCAAGACCAGGCUCUUCCAGGGGCUGUACAAGGCGGACAGGCGCUUCGGGCCAGGCGUGGAGACCAACCCCGAUGGCAGCCAGGACGUGGGGCUGUGGUUCCAUGAACACCUCGUCAAGCUCUGCUGGCAGGCUCCCCACAGCUUCUCCGUGCUGCGCUGGCCCGAGCUGGCCCACUUCGUUACUGACGCCCCAGCCAAGCUCAGCCUCUCAGACAAGGAGAUGGAGUGGGACUGGGACGAGGCCAGGGACCCCUUCUUCUAUGAGUACAAGAAGUUUCUCCUGAACGAUGACCUCAGGCUGCCCCCAGACAUGCCCCUCUACUCCACGGACAACAGCCACCUGCCCAUGACCUGCUCCUUCCGCAAGGACCUGGAGGCCCAGCUCUUCAUGGACGAUGACCCACACGUUGUGGAGGAUGGGGAGCCCUGGCCUGUUAUGAAUGAAACCCCUCUGCUGGUCAGAAUCCUGAAGCAUACAUAUAAAUUCAGGCACGACAAGGCCCAUGCGAGCUGGAACAUGGCCGCCAUCGUGCAGGGCGACCGGAGCGGCUUUGCGCGCUGUGGGUUCAGGGAGCGAGUGGCCAGGGAAAUGAUCCUGAAGGCUGAGGAUGGAGAUUAUGACUGGAUCCACGGAAUCCUGCGGAAAAACCUGGCCUCUGCCGACGUGGCUGACGCACAGGGCUACACUGUUCUCGCUGCAGCCGCUGUCCACGGCCACACGCGAGUCAUCAACCUCUUGCUGGACAGUGGGGCUGAUGUGAACCGGAGCUCAGACGAAGGCCUCACGCCUCUUAGCAUGUGCUUCCUCCUCUACUAUCCUGCCAGCGCCUUCAAGCCCAACAUCGCAGAGAGGAAUCUGCAUGGGGCUCUGCUGGAGCACCAGGAAGUGUCUAUGCGCUUGGUUUCGAAUUCGCUGACCAGGCCAGCCCGGAGUGCCUCAGAGCUGGCCAGCCACCAGGGGGACAGCCACCAGGGCAUCCUGAACCAGACCAGCAAGCUCUCCAGGGAGCAGAUCAGCCCAAGCACUGGCCCACAGAGCUCCCUACAGACCAAGACCAACGUCUCCAGGUCACUGCAGGGGCCUGACGACAAGACAGGGAACACGUUAAGCAGCGAUAUCACCUUCGAGUCCAAUGUGUGUGUCCACAACUUGUCCGUCACACUCUCCCCCGACUUCCUGGAGCGCAGCGCCCACCUCGACAGCCUGUUCCUGGCCUCGUCCUUAACCACCUGUGACUCCGAAAAAGGAUCCAUACGGAAAAGGGUGCUGUCCAUCAUGCAACACAAGAGGAAGUGGCAGACCAUCCAGCUCCUACUGCGCCGAGGUGCUGACCCCAACCUGUGCCGAGUGCCCAUGCAGGUCCUGUUCUUUGCUGUGAGGGCCGCAGACGUGGAUGCUGUGCGGCUGCUGCUGGAGUAUGGGGCGCAGACUGAUAUCCGGUUCCCGCCACAGCUGCGGUCUCUGACACCCCUGCACAUCGCCGCUGCCUUGCCAGGUGAGGAGGGCGUUCAGAUAACGGAGCUGCUGCUCCAGGCCAUCACGGACGUGAAUGCCCAGGCCAGCGACCAGGAUGAGGUGUACCGGCCACACAAGGUGGAACUAUUGUCCUCGAGCCUGAAGCUGAACAAUGAACCGGGCCCACCCAGCAGCUACUACACCCCAUGCCCGCCGGCCCCCGAGGGGGGCAGGACUGCACUGCACGUGGUUUGUGAGCGAGAGGAUGACAGCAAGCACACCAGGGACAUCGUCCGGCUCCUCCUCACCCACAAAGCGAACCCCAACACACUGUGGAGCGGCCACUCCCCACUAUCCUUGUCCAUCACCAAUGGCAAUGACCUGGUCGUAAAGGAGCUUCUGGUCCAGGGAGCUGACCCAAACCUGCCCCUGACCAAGGGCUUGGGCAAUGCCCUGUGCAUGGUCUGUGACCUCGUGUAUGAUCACCACCGGAGCAUCGAUAGCAAGCUGGCCCUGGUCGAUCGGCUUAUCAGUUCCGGGGCAGACAUCCUGUACCCUAUAACAAUCACGCAGGGGGACAAGGUGGCUGUGGGCACAGCCGUGGACUAUGGGUACUUCCGAUUCUUCCAGGACCGGAAGAUCGCCCACUGCCCCUUCCAUACACUGAUGCCAGCCGAGCGGGAGAUCCUGCUGGCCCGCAAGCGCUUCCUGGAGUACCUGGGUGUCCAGCUGCGCCGCACUGUCUUCCUCAAGGAGGGCCAGUGGGACUCGAAUCUGCUCUACCAAAGCAAGAAAGCGGAGCUGUCUUCCGGUUCCAGAAUAAAGAAGGGCUCAUGGCAACCCAAGUGUCCUUACGAAGAAGGGCUGGAGCUGAUCCCCAUCUUCAAGUUCUGUUACCAGUGUGGCCGCUCAGUCGGGGUGCGCCUCUUGCCCUGUAUCCGCUGCUAUGGCAUCUUGACCUGCAGCAAGUUCUGCAAGACCAGAGCCUGGAACGAGUUCCAUAAGCAAGACUGCUGUGCCACGCUGGCGAUGAGGAAGCUGGGAGCAGAGGGGCCCCCGGGGAUCCUGAGCGUGGACGCUGACCAGCCCCCAGCAGCAGGAGGAGAGCAGGAAGGCACGGGCUCCGAGCGGCGGGGGGCUGCUCUUGCUCCUGGGCAGCGGGGCUUGGAUGGGCAACAGCGCAGGGGGACAGGAGGGCACGUGCAGACAGGAGGCAGCCGCUGUACCCGAGGUCCCUGA